UAUCGCUCAAUGAUUUUGGUUUAAAAUAAAAUGUGAACGACUUUGUCAAUACAUUAGGUAUCGUUGAUUGGAAUUUCACACGGCAACAUUGAAAUUGUCCUAACUUGUUUGGAAUAAAGCCAAUUGUAAAAGUAAAACUUCUCAAUAAGUUAUAGAGAUUUUUGAAAAAUUUAAGUUUUUAGGCUGUCAACACAAGGAAAUGAGUCAAAACUUGAAACGAACCUUGUCAAAUCACAGCGACCUGGACUUAAAGCAUGACAUGACCAUAGAAUCUAAAAUAAUCAGAUCUGUCAAAAAUGAUGAUAGGAUGGAAUUUAACCAUUGGUGUGCAACCGUAUUUUAUGCAUUUGCUACGUUAACAGAGUCGUAUUGGUGUGAUAGCUGUCCAUUAAUCAGUAUGGAACUAUUAUCAGCAAUAACAUCUAGGUUACUAAACUGUCUACAUAAAUUUCUUUCGCUUUUAGAUCGAGAUAUGCAAAUCAGAAAAGAAACAAUCACUGAUUCUAAACUGGUGAAAGCUGGUGAUAUCCUACUCACUCCUGAUCUGAAACAUGUGAUUGUAAAAGAUGUAUGUGCUACCAAAACAGACAAAUUAAUAGAAAAGACAGAAUCAGUUUAGAGAUUCUUCAUGCGACUAACCAUUUGCUUCUUUCUAAAAAAGUGUCAAAAAGUACGUUUGCGUUGAUACCUCAGACAUCAGUUGUUGCAGUCCACAAAAAGUGUAAUCAAUAUGAAAAAGACACUUUUAUUGCACAUGCAUUACGUUACGUUGGAAAAGUGUUACUUCCACGAUCAAGCGAUUCAUAUGGGUUGCUACCGAGUAUUACUGACCUAAUAGGAUCCAUGAUGUAUCGACGACAAAUAUAUGGGACUAAUGACAUCAACCCCGGAGACAUAAUUGUAUUCCUAUACCAUGGUUUAUUCCAAAAAGGUGUUAUAUUAAGCAAACACCAGGCGCCAAAUAAUUUACUGCAAGUCACAGUUUACUGUAUUGACGAGGCAGGAUGCGUUUCUGAAACUAAUAGCAUUUACAACUUGGAUAAGGAAAUAGUCACCCGGUACGCAUACAGCGAUUUGGAUUCCGUUAUCCGAAAACGAGUGCUUUAUACGGCAGAACAGAUGAAAGGAAUGUGCUUGUUUAGAGGACUUGUCCAGAAAUCUUUACGAUUCGUAUUAGGUUGCCUGUCUGGUGACCUUUUGUAUACACAACAUCAACCCAUUUUCAUAGGCUUCCGUGAAACAAAACUAAAAACGAGCGCUUUUCCAAGAAUCGAGAACAUUGAAAGGUGGAUGAAUUCUAACUGUUGCGAUAAUAUACCUGACACCAUCAAAGAAAAUGUUCCUUCAUUACACCUUUGUCCAACCAUAUUAGUCCUUACCUCCACAGAUGGUGAAACAGAACCUGCUUUGCUAUUUGAAGACAAGCACAUCAUAAAAACAAAGGUCGAAACAUUCUCGUCUCCUUCAAGAGCAAAAGAAAGAAUCCGUCGGCGGUGCAAUGUCUGUAAGACGACGAAAGCAGAACCAAUUGUUGUUUGUAUGCUAGGAACAGAUGAACACGGAGACUAAACAAAACAGGACAUUACUCUCAUUGACUUACUAACGGAGACUACAAUGGAUUGUGCUGACAUAUUAUUCGUAUUUCCAAAAGCACAACACAGUCAUAGCAACGACAAACGCAGAAUCGUAAGCAAGUCAAUAGAAAAACAAUUAAAGAGAGCAACAUUAACAGAUAAGAUAUACUGCAAUGUUUUCUUUAAUUAUGAAACUGACAUUGAAAAAAGAAUUGCACUAUUUGCUGAAGAACAGGUGUAUACAGCAGUCAGAGAGUUGAACAAAGCCAUCAGAAGAACGCACCGGGAAAUGCCACUGAAUGGAAAUCAGACACAGACUGUCAUAGAUGACUAUGAAAAGAAAAUGGAGAAACUUGAAUCGUUUUUUCCUUCCGAUAAGACAGACCACUAUGCAUGUCAUAAACUUGAAGUUUUACUGCAAAGACAUUCAGAUGUCUCUGCAUUUUCAUUGAAUGAUGGGCAGAUGCAAAUCUUUACUAAAGAAGAGAAAUCUGUUCGUUGUUAUAUUGAAGAAUUUUUACCGAAGAACAUGUGCCCCUUUACAGUGAGACAAUGGUCAAGCAAUCCAAAAAUAUCAAAGUGUCAUUUAAAGCAAGGCAGCAAAGUAAGUAGAUCUAAUGAUCACAGUCAAGAAUAUGGAACCCUCGGGUUUUUCUUACGUGAUAAUGAGGGAAGCCUUUAUUUUACGACAUGUGCACAUGUCAUUCAAAACAAUAAAGAAGUUUAUACCGACACUGUAGAAUCAGCAGUUGGAAAGAGUGUAAUGGCUCCUAACGUGUAUGCAGAUUCAAUCACCGACGGUCUCGACUUAUCACUGAUUAAGGUCUUCAAGGAAAAGAUUGAACAUUGUCGAUAUGGAUUGCGAGAUUCUACAGACAGGUUUGUAACCGGAAUAGUAGCCCUCGCAAACGAUAGUGAAAUGAAAAAUAUGAAAGUAUAUAAAUGGGGAGCGAAAACUGAACUAACGAAAGGAACUUAUAAAGGAUCAAUAUUUGUGAGGGAGGGUGAAGAAUUUAAAAAUCGUAUUCACUUUAUACAAAACAAUCCAACAAAUGCGGAAUUUGCAGAAGAAGGAGAUAGCGGUUCAUUGAUUUGUUUUGAAGCGACGGAUUCACCACAACUAUCAAGCAAAUCAGCUGCCUUUAUAUUUGUUGGGAAGUGCUUAAGCGGCAAAGAAUUUCUUCCCGAAGAAUUCAAAGAAAAAGACCUUUUUGCAGGGCUUGGGUAUCAUGUGAGCAAUGCAUUUGAGUGCAAAACUCGUAAUUUGAAUCCUAUGCUUACACCCGGGAACGACAAUGGCUCUAUUCAACAGGGAGCUGGAAUACAGUUUUAAUCUUAAGUAAAAACUGUUUGAAUAUAACAUGUAUAACAGCCGAUGUUUUUUUAAUUUCAAAACUAAGACAUUCAAAAGCAAAAUUCAUUGAUUAUUUCAAGAAUAAAUAAGCGCAACACUAACCAAAAUGACCUCAUUGCAAUUAAUGAUCUCAAGGUCACAUUAUUUUAACCAACAAUUCCUAAGCAUUGUUUGAUAAAUAAUAUAUUUUAUAAAAGUUU